AUGCCACUGUGCUGUGCUCCGUGGUGGCCCGCUGCGCGCGGCCUGGGGAGGAGGCGGUGCGCCUUCGGGGCAGCGCUAUUGGUGAUGUUAGCGCUGCUCUGGCUGGGUGUCGAGGGUCCAGAGCUCAUUCGCUUACCCCCGGGGGCCAGCCGGCCUCCUGGCACAAAUACAUCCGUGCGCCCGGACGCUGGUCUGCAGCCAGAGCAGCUGGAGGGUGGCGACGACGGAGAGGCCAUGAGAACUCUGUGGUGCUCCCCAACACAGAUCCAGGCCCCUCCUCUGCAGCCCUCAGAGCCCCGAUUUCGCACCUUCCUCCGCCACCGGCAUUGCCGCUAUUUCCCGCUGCUCAGCGACCACCCCGACAAGUGCAGAGGGCGGGUGCGACUGCUACUGGCCAUCAAGUCGGCCCCGGAGCAAGAAGAGCGGAGGGCGGCUGUGAGGCGCACGUGGGGUCAAGAACUGGCCGGCUCGGGCUCGGGCUCGGACGCCGAGGUGGUGCGCACAGUGUUCCUGCUGGGCAGGGGAGCCGCCGAGGAGGGGCCCGGAGGGGAGGCGCUUCGCCUGCGGCUGGAGCAGGAGGACAGGGCGCACGGGGACUUGCUGCGCUGGGACUUCGCUGACACCUUCUAUAAUCUCACCCUCAAAGCCGUCAACUUCCUGCGCUGGUUCCAACAUCGCUGCCCCGGGGUGGAGUUCGUGUUCCAGGGUGACGAUGAUGUGUUUGUACAUCCUGCCAAUUUGCUGGAAUUCCUACGCUCUCGACAGGAUGACCCUGGGCUGCCCCAGCUCUUUGUGGGGGACGUGAUUCUCCGGGCCUGGCCCAUUCGCAACCGGCACAGCAAGUAUUACAUCCCACCCGAACUCUUUAACCAGCCUUACCCGCCCUACGCUGGAGGCGGAGGCAUCCUCAUGGCGGCGCCGCUGGUCCGGCGCCUGCUGCCAGUCUCCGAGUAUCUGCCCCUGUUCCCCAUAGAUGACGUCUUCCUGGGCAUGUGCCUGAAGCGGCUCGGGGUGGUGCCCCAGGCCCACCCAGGCUUCCGGACUUUCGGCAUUCACCGGAUCCGCACCAAUCCCAUGAAUCAGGAUCCCUGCUUCUAUCGAGAACUGCUCAUGGUGCACCAGCUGGAGCCCCCUGCUCUGAUCAGCAUGUGGGAGGCUGUGCACAGCAAAGAACUGCACUGUGCCAAAACUGGCAGCUUCCUCUGA